AUGUACGAUACACGCAGACGGAAAGCCCUGUUUGAGCAGAUUAACAACCGCAGUUGGGAGGCCCUAAGGCCCGUCAUAAGGAAGUGGGUGGCUGCUGGUAGUGUUAUCGUAACGGAUGAGUGGAAGGGUUACACCCGCCUGCCGUCGGAAGGUUAUACGCACUACACGGUCAACCACCGUAGAGGCUUCGUGAAUCCCACAACAGGAUGGCAUACGAACGCCAUUGAAGCCUACUGGAGCAGGUUAAAGAGGAAGCUGCAGGAGUCUGGACCUGUCUGUGGCAGAGCAGUGUGGGCCCACCUAGAUGAGGUUCAGUACCGCUUAUGGUUCGACCUAAGGACUGACAACAUGGCAGCCUCCUGGGAGACUUUCCUACGACAUUGGGCAGCAGCGUAUCCAAUAGAAGAGAGCCAACGAACGGUGACUGGGUAAGCUAACCAACCGAGGCGGAUAGGGAAGACGUGAAGGCAAGUCUCUGUACUUCCUCCAUUUACUCUCCAAGCCUACUUACAAUGAAUGCAGCGGUUACCUACUGACGAUGGGAAAGCGGGCGAGUGAGAAGAGCCUGCGAACGGCGAUUGGGUAAGCUAAUCAACGAAGCCACUGACGGAAGACAUGAAGGUAAGUCGCCGUACUUCCUCCAUUAAGUCACAAUGCUUGCAUACGGUGAAUGUGGCCGUUUAACGGAUGGCGAUGGGAGAGCUGGUGAUGAAGGAGAACCAACCAACGACGAUUAGAUAAGCUAACCAACGGAACCGCAGACGGCAGACGUUAAGGUAAGUCUCCGUAACUCCUCCAUUAAGUCCUAAUGCCUGCAUACGGUGAAUUUGGCCGGUUAUUGGAUGGUGGUGGAAGUGCUGGCGAGUGAGGAAAGCCAACAAACGGCGAUUUGAUAAGCUGGCCUACGGAAGACGUGAAGGUUAGUCUAUGGGCUUCGUCCAUUAACUCUACAUGGCUAACUACAGUGAAUGUGGCCGUUAUAUGCUGGCGAUUAAGGAAAGGCAACCACCGCCAAAUAGGUAAUCUAACCAACGAAGGCGCAGAAGGAAGUUGUGAACGUAAGUCUCCCUACCUCCUCCAUGUAGUCUCCUUGCUACCUACAGUCCAUGUGGCCGCAGGUAACGACCGCAUUCAAUUGGAUACGCCUCUACCCAAUGCCGUAAGAAAGGUUACCAGGAGACUGCCAUAUUGUAGCCGCUGAGGUCGAAGUAGAGACGGUACUGAACCUCAUCUCGGUGGACCCAACACUGUUGUGCCGCAGACAAGGCCAGACUCGUACAGGUUCCUCUUUAAUCUUCUGCAGUAAGCCGCUGUGACGUUCGUAUGCAGACCCAUUGUGGGAUUCUCGACAGUCCUACUGUGGUUGACAGUGUAUUAUGUAUAACCUUCCGAUGGUAUGUGGGUGUAACCCUUAAGCUCAUCGGUUACGAUAAUACUACCGGCAGCCACUCACUUUGUUAUGAGGGGUCUUAGAACCUCCCAGCUGAGGUUUUUAAUCGACUCAAAUAGGGCUUUUCGCUGCGAGUAUCGUACACACCGACGACCCACAACUGGCACCGCGGUCGUUCCCCGUUGUACUUGAGUUGACUGCUGAGCGUCUCGUCUAUCUCCACUUCCAUUCCAAGGCAGUAUUUGUACUGACACGUACACUUGCUGCACAGCGCUUGCCGCGCACACUGUCGACGAACUUGUAACAUAUACGUAGCAGUGGUUGUAGACUGAGCUUGCUGCCAAAGAACAAUGACUGCGUCAACAUGCAUCGCCUCCGCCUGCAGUGUCCACAAUGGAAUGCAUAACCGUCGGUAUGUGCGGCAACAGUUGCAUCUGCACAGUACGCUGACAGCGACAUGCUACGGUGGUGACCAGCAACGUCGACCGCUGCAGAUAUUGAACGACGCCUGCUGACUGAAGGAGAGCUUGUAUUUCAUCCGCGGCGGUCGGUAUAACCCGCUGAGGACGGCACCUACGUCCACCAGCAGUCGGUGAGGAUCUAGAUGUAGAACUGUGGAAGUUUACAGUACAGCGGUUGUCAACUUCUACAUAUCCCCCAACCAUCCGACGAAUUCGCAGACGGAUAUCGUGAAGGUAAGCAGAUGAACGUACUGCAUUUGCUCUCUAUGCCUAGCGGCAGACAUUGUGAUUAAUACCUGCUGACGAUGGUAGAGGUGGUGA